AUGAAACCCAUCUUGAUAUUAUCGUGUUUUCGUAAUUUUGCACUUGAUGUUGAUUUGACGUUUUUAUCAAUGCCGUUUAUGUUGGCCCCGGCGCCUGCUGGAUUUUCGUUGGGUAAGUUUUCAAUUUGAUGUUCGCGAAGAGCUGAAACACUCCAAAAUUCAGGUCUUCUAACAUGGCUAAAAGUUCCAGUAUUCUACCAAACUCUAUUAGGCUUCUACAUCCUGAUAUCGGUGAUUAGUUGUAUCCCAUCCCUAAUGCAGAAUCGUUAUCUCCAAAUUUGCCGAAACUCCAAAACUUGGUCAAAAACCCUUCAAAUUCUCACAUAUCUUAUCAAUUACACAACAGCCUUUGUUGCUCUUACAAUUUAUCUUGCAAAGAUUCCCGAUCAAAUUUCCGCGAAAAACAAUUUGAUUCAUGAAUUUUCCGUAGAUUUUUGUACACAAAAAUCAUUACAAAAUCUUAUUUCUGAAAGAGAUAUUCUUGUGAUCUCUCUAGAUUCAACAGAUCCCGCUUCAAAAACAUCCAUACACAGUUUCAUAAUCUCAUUGGAAGUUGUAUAUUUCGCCAUCUCAACUUAUUAUUAUCUAUAUUUCAAAUAUGAUAUUACCCUAAGUCCAGCAACUCGGAAACUACAGAAAAAUGUUUUUAUCGCAACUUGUUUGCAAAUCACAAUUCCAACAAUUUCUCUGAUGUUUCCUGGAAUUUAUUUAGCAUACUCAUCGCUAUUCGGAUAUUAUAAUCAAAAUUUCAAUAAUUUUAUCGCUCUGAUUUUUUGUAUGCAUGGAAGUGUUCAGACGAUUUCAAUGAUUUUUUUGCAUCGACCGUAUCGAUCAUUUUUAUUUGAAGAAACAAAAAAAAUUCACAAUUUUGAAAACAAUUCGAGUUUCUGGACGAUUGAAAAACUUUUGAAUUAA